GGGGCCAGCAGAGUACCCAACAGCUGGGGCGGUGGGGACUUGGAGCCACCGCGCAUCAAGGCUGACCCGGUGGAUUCUAGGCCUGAAACCAACAACGGCCCCAAUCCCACGGUACUGAAAAGUCUCUUCCUAGUUGAACCAGAGAGGACUCUGGAGGAAAUCAUUUCCGAAAGUUCAUCAGGACCCAGAGAAGAAGAGACUCCGGGCUUCGGACUUACUGCCCAGCCCCUUCUUUGGAAAGGAAGGAAGGAGCCAGGGAAGUUAGAGAUCUCCUCACUGAGGAUGACUCUUAACACCCAGCAAGAAGCAAAGACCACCCUGCGCCGUAGAGCCAGCACUCCACUGCCCCUGUCGGCCAGGGGCCACCAGCCUGGCCGCCUGUGCACAGCGCCCCCUCCUCAAUCCCAGCAUCCCCGACUGGGCCAGUCAGCCUCCCUCAACCCACCCGUUCGGAACCCCUCCGCUGUCCAGGAUGGGUGGUCCUCUGAAUCCAGUGACUCUGAAGGCUCUUGGGAGGCCCUCUACCGGGUGGUGCUGCUUGGAGACUCCGGUGUUGGGAAGACCAGCCUGGCCAGCCUCUUUGCAGGGAAACAAGAUCGGGAGCUUCAUGAACAGCUGGGAGAUGUGUACGAGAGAACCCUCUCGGUGGAUGGAGAGGACGCCACACUGGUGGUCAUGGACACCUGGGAGGCCGAGAAACUGGGUGAAAGCCGGAGCCAGGAGAGCCUGCGGGCGGGCGGCGCCUACGUCAUCGUGUACUCCAUCGCCGACCGCAGCAGCUUCGAGAGCGCCUCGGAGCUCCGCAUCCAGCUGAGGCGCGCGCACCAGGCCGACCACGUGCCCAUCAUCCUGGUGGGCAACAAGGCAGACCUGGCCCGCUGCCGGGAAGUCUCGGUGGAAGAGGGCCGCGCCUGCGCAGUGGUGUUCGACUGCAAGUUCAUCGAGACUUCAGCCGCGCUGCAGCACAACGUGACAGAGCUCUUCGAGGGCGUGGUGCGCCAACUGCGCCUGCGCCGCCACGACAGCGUGGCCCCGGAGCCACCUUCCCCGCGACGACGGGCCAGCUUGGGCCAGCGUGCCCGCCGCUUCCUGUCACGCCUUACGGCACGCAGUGCAGGACGCCGGGCACUCAAGGCCCGCUCCAAGUCCUGCCACAACCUGGCUGUGCUCUAAGACCAGCGCCUCUCUGGGGUGAUGGGACGCAGAGGUACCACCGAGGGCCAACGGUGCAUCUCCUGGAGUCCCCAUGGUGGACCUUACCGGUUGCCAAGAUGGCCAGAGCAUUAUCGGGAGUCAGAGCAUCGCCAGGAGCCAGGGCUGUGAGGACCCUUCCUGCCUGAGGAAGUGAUGACUAGGCUAUAACGCUGUAAACCUAAGCUGGGCACAAGCGGGGUCUUUUGAUUCGGGGGUUUUCUGUUUUUACAGGGUGGGUGUCUUUUUGUUUAAAAAAAAAAAAAGUUUUUGUCCCUGGGCUGUGUCCAGUUCUCAGAAUGCUCCACUCUCAACCAGUCCAGGAUGUCCUGUCUGACGCGUGGGACCUCCUUCCCUGGACUCCUCCAGGCAUCUCCACCUCCUCCCCAAACAUCUAACGUGACUGUAGACUGGUUUGACCUGCUGGCCCAGAUGCCUUGGACAAUCAAUAAAGUCGGUGAAUUAAUUAUCC